AUAAGAAUUAAAGUCAUUUUUACAACAUUUUAGAGUAUUUAAAUGUUGGUAAAAAGUCGGGCGAUCCCGCUUGAUCUGCGGCUCGUCGAACUCAAACUUAAAUGGAGACCGAAACGCAAGUACAAUGAUCACAGGGAUAAUGCCGCCAUUAUCUUAGAGUCCUCCAACGUUUGCCCAUUCCGUUGGAAACGAGGUUCUUUCACUUGUGCCUACUGCCCACAGUCCUUCGGCGACUUCUGUGGUGUCAAAAACCACGUUAUUGAACACCCGAAUAGGAUCGAAGCGAUGCGUUUCGCACGAACCCUCGCGAAUAUAAAAGUUGAAGUCACUGAUCUUAGAUGCGAAUUGUGCCUUACCAACUGCAAAGAUAUAGAUUCUCUUUGCGAACAUUUAAUUUCUAAUCAUAAUAAACUUAUAAUAAAAGAACACGGGUUAGGUGUUACCCCGUUUAAUUUGUCCGGCAAAGAGUACCAGUGUACUCACUGCGAUGAAACUUUUGAAUUAUUCUCGAAAUUAAAUACUCAUUUGAACACGCACUAUCCGAACACGAUUUGCUUUUUAUGCGGCAAAGCUUUCUCCACGAUCCAUAGAUUAAGAGCACACUUAGUGAUCCACGAUUCGGCUGAAUCAGUUCAUUACAAGUGUACUAAAUGCGACCAGGUCUUCCCCACAAGAGUUUUAAGGAACAGUCACAUAGCUUUAACACACGGUCCGGAAUAUAGAUACAGAUGUCCAUAUUGCAAAGAAAGCUUUAAAAAUUACUCAGAUCGGGGCAAACAUUUAAAGCAGUCACACGAUAAAAAGAUUGAGUAUCCCUGCAAACUUUGCCCAGCUGUUUUUGCCAUGUGUAACCAAAGAACGAAGCAUAUAAAACAAGUGCACAUACGAUUAAAGUCGUUUUCUUGCGAUUUCUGCGCGUACAAAUUUGUAACUGCGGCUCAGUUGCGAAAUCACAUUGUUAAACACGUCGGGGAAAGGAAGUUUCAAUGUCAGGUGUGUAAAAAAGCGUACGCUAGGGCGAAAACUUUGCGGGAACAUAUGCGAAUACAUAAUAAUGAUAAACGUUUUGUCUGUCAGUAUUGCAAUAAUGCAUACGUCCAGAAAUGUAGUUUGCAAAAUCAUAUGAAGACGCAUCACCCCACGGCUGAGCCGUUGAAGAAGAUUCGGCUCUCGCAAAUGUAUUGAGGUUAUUUAUUCACAAUAAAUAUUUAUUAUUAA